AUGAAAGAACAUUCAUCUUUUACUGCGACGACCGUUGAACGGAGUGCUGAACAGAAAUUCAAUUUUGGGGCUCGAGUGACUGGAAUUGAUUUGAAUGACAUUUCAGAUGAGGACGUCAAUCGCCUCAAGGCGGCAGUCUGGCGUCAUAAAGUCGUUGUUGUCAAGAGUCAGCCUGACUUGGAUCCAAGGAAGCAAUGGGAACUAGUGACUCGGCUAGAUCCAAAGGCAACGGACGGUCACAGUCACGGAAACCUGACUACAUUUCGCGCCAAAGGUGGACUGCUUGCACAAGGGAGAGAAGUGGUCGGCAUACCCGGCGCUGAGAAUGUACGGCUAAUUGGCAAAGGCUUCCAGGGACUAGACCACUACGGUAUCAAAAACCACACCAUUGACAGAGGCCUCAGCAAUGACUUUCAUGCGAUUCCGCCAUCCCUGGAGGAGUUCCAAAAGGGCGUAACUCGCUUCCAGCGCUGGCAUAUCGAUGCCCCUUUGUACGGAAAGGACCCUGCAUGGUUCACAACCUUACGCUGCUUGAAGCUUCCUCGAGGGCCAAAUCUCACUGUUCAGUGGGCUGAUGGAUCUGGUCAAAGCAUCGAGUCUGCACCAGGGCAGACCGCGUUCUUCAGCACUUCUCAACUGUAUUCCAUGUUGACUACCGCUGAACAGGAAAUGGUUGAUCAUAGCUGGGUUGAAUAUGCGCCAUAUCCGUAUAAAUGGAUUGAACGUUGCAAGGGGAAUUCAACUGGCUUGGGUCUCGCAGAGGGUGGUGAGAGACUGACGAUCGAAGAACUGGGAGAUUUUGACCGAGCUGCGGUCAAAAAGUAUCCAAUGGUCUGGGUAAAUCCACUGACCGGUGAGAAGGCAUUUCAAGUGCAUGGGAUCUGCGCACGUAAAUUAUACAUUCGCAGGUCUCGAGAAGAAGAUCCUCAAGUUAUGGAAAAUGUUUCCGAAAUACGCCAGUUCAUCCUAGGCAUCCAAAAUCGUAUUCUUAAGCCAGAAUAUAUAUUAUUGGCCCCCGUCGAGGAGGGCGACAUGGUUAUUUGGGACAACUACGGGGUUUUCCAUUCAGCGAUCGAUUACCCAAUUGAAAUGGGUCCCCGAACUAUGCAUCAAGCGAACAUCAGUGGCAGUAUCGGCCCCCAGGGCCCUGUGCCAAUCUCUUCCUCUGCCUAG